GCCGGGGAGUAGGGCCGGGCCUUGGGAGCUCCCCCGUGGGACAAGAUGGUGUCUUCUGUGCGGCUGGACUUCAACCUGCAGGAUAUUCUGGAGCAGCUCAGCCAGGAUGAGCUGAGCCAGUUCAAGUCUCUGAUCAGAACCAUCACCCCGGGAAAUGAGCUACAGAAGAUCCCCCAGACGGAGGUAGAUGAGGCUGAUGGGAAGCAACUGGCAGAAAUCCUGACCAGCCAUUGCCCCAGCUACUGGGUGGAGAUGGCCACCAUCCAGGUCUUUGAAAAGAUGCACCGAGCGGAUCUGUCUCAGAGAGUGAAGGAUGAACUCAGAGAGACAAUACGGAAAGGAGAACCAAACCCUGUAGACCUGGAUGAAAUGCUGGUGCGCUUCGAGGCAGAAGCACAAGGGAAAGAGGAUAGGCACAGGGGUAUACUGAAGAUGAAGUUGCAGCAAAUGUGGAAGGCCUGGCCCGGAGACAGCAAAGAGGUCCAAGCUGUGGCUCAGAGAUACACCACGCUGAUCCCGUUCAGCAACCCCAGGUUGCUUCCCGGGCCCUUCCCACACACAGUGGUGCUGCACGGCCCUGCUGGCCUUGGAAAAACCACGCUGGCCAAGAAAUUAAUGUUGGACUGGACAGAGGACAACCUCAGCCACAAAUUCAAAUACGCCUUCUACCUCAGCUGCAAAAAGCUCAGCCGCCUGGGCCCGUGCAGUUUUGCAGAGCUGGUCUUCAGGGACUGGCCGGAAUUGCAGGAUGACAUUCCAAACAUCCUAGCGGAAGCGCAGAAAAUCCUGUUCGUGGUCGACGGCCUCGACGAGCUGGGAGCCCCCCCCGGGGCGCUGAUCCACGACAUCUGCGGGGACUGGCUGAAGCCGAAGCCGGUGCCGGUCCUCCUGGGGAGUUUGCUGAAGAGGAAGAUGCUACCCAAGGCUGCCCUGCUGGUCACCACGCGGCCCAGGACCCUGAAGGACCUGCAGCUCCUGGCCGAGAAGCCCAUCUACAUAAGGGUGGAGGGGUUCCUGGAGGAGGACAGGAGGGCCUAUUUCCUGAGACACUUUGGAGAGGAGGACCAAGCCACGCGUGCCUUUGAGCUGAUGAGAAGCAACACGGCCCUGUUCCAGCUGGGCUCGGCGCCCGCGGUGUGCUGGAUGGUGUGCACGAGUCUGAAGCUGCAGAUGGAGGACGGGGAGGACCCGGCCCCCACCUGCCACACCCGCACGGGGCUGUUCCUGCACUUUCUCUGCAGCCGCUUCCCGAAGGGUGCCGAGCUCGGGCGCACGCUGCGGGCGCUGAGCCUCCUGGCUGCGCAGGGCCUGUGGGCGCAGAUGUCCGUGUUCCACGCAGAGGACCUGGAGAGCCUCGGGGUGCAGGAGUCCGACCUCCGCCCAUUCCUGGACAGAGGCAUCCUCCGCCAGGAUAGAGACUCCAAAGACUGCUACUCAUUCCUGCACCUCAGCUUCCAGCAGUUUUUCACUGCGCUGUUCUACGCCCUGGAGAAGGAGGAGGAGGAGGACGGCCACGCCUGGGACAUUGGGGAUGUGCAGAAGCUGCUUUCUGGAGAAGAACGACUCCAGAACCCCGACCUGAUCCAAGCAGGACACUUCUUAUUCGGCCUCGCCAACGAGAAGAGAGCCACAGAGUUGGAGACCACUUUUGGCUGCGUGAUGUCACGGGAGAUCAAACAGGAAUUACUGCAGUGCGACAUCAUUUGUGAUGAGGACAGAUACUCAACCUUGACGGACCUGAAGGAGGCCUUACACUGUCUGUACGAGUCUCAGGAGGAGGAGCUGGUGAAGGGGGUGAUGGCCCCGUUGAGAGAAAUAUCCCUGCACUUAAGUGCCACAGACAUUGUGACCUCUUCGUUCUGCCUCAAGCAUUGUCGAAGUUUGGAGAAAAUGUCACUGCAGGUGAUAAAGGCAAAGCUCCCGGAGAAUGUCACUGCCUCUGAAUCAGAUGCUGAGGUUGAGAGAUCCCAGGAUGAUCAACACAUGCUUCCUUUCUGGACAGAUCUUUGCUCCGUAUUUGGCACAAACAAGGAUCUCAUCAUUCUAGAAGUCAAUAAUAGCUUUCUUAGUGCCUCGCUGUUAAGGAUCCUGUGUGAACAAAUAGCUUCUGACACCUGUCAUCUCCAGAGAGUGGUAUCAUUCAAGUCAGGGUGUAACAUAACCAGUGAGAUGGAAACCAAAGACAGUUCCCUGGCAUUUAGAUUCUCAGGAAUGACUUGUUCCCAUUUCUCCCCCAGGUUGGUGUCUUGUUCUGCCACCACUCAGCAGUGGGCUGAUCUCUCCUUGGCCCUUGAAGUCAACCAGUCCCUGACGUGCGUAAACCUCUCCAACAGUGAGCUCCUGGAUGAGGGUGCCAAGUUGCUGUACGCAACUUUGAAACACCCAAAGUGCCUCCUGCAGAGGUUGUCGUUGGAAAACUGUCACCUCACAGAAGCCAUUUGCAAGGACCUGGCUGCUGUUUUGGUUGUCAGCCGGGAGCUGAUGCACCUGUGCUUGGCUGAGAACCCCCUCAGUGAUACGGGGGUGAAGUUUCUGUGUGAGGGCUUGAGUUACCCUGAGUGUAAACUACAGACCCUGGUGCUGUGGAACUGUGACAUAACUAGCAAAGGCUGCUGUCACCUCGCAAAGCUUCUCCACGAAAAAUCAAGCCUAACGAACUUGGAUCUGGGGCGGAAUGACAUAGGAGUUCCUGGAGUGCAGGGCCUAUGUGAGGCUUUGAAGAAACCACUGUGUAACUUGAAACGUCUGUGGUUGUGGGGAUGUUCCAUCCCUCCGGCCAGUUGUGAGAACCUCUCCUAUGUGCUCAGCUGCAACCAGACCCUCAUCACUCUGGACCUGGGCCAGAAUCCCUUAGGGUACAGUGGAGUAAAGUUGCUGUUUGAAACCUUGACACAUGCAAAUGGCACCCUCCAGACACUCAGGUUGAAAAUAGAUGACUUUACUGAUGAACUCGAUAAGCUACUGAAAGAAAUAGAAGGCAGCAACCCACAACUGACUAUUGACACUGAGGAUCAAGAGCCCUGGAAAAAAAGGCCUUCUUCUGGCUACUUCAUUGUCUGAAUCCCCCCUAGAGUCAUUCAUUCUCAACGAAGCCAAGGAUUUCCCAGGUGUCGGUGAACUGCCUGUGACUCCCCCCAACCUCGCCCCCACUCCUCGGGGAAAUGAGUCGAUUGCUGGGCUAGAUGUUUUAGUCAUGGUUCUGCCUCUGUUUUAGGUAGAACGUGCAUAUGUCCUUGACCUUGUUAUGUGUGAAAUAUCUGUAUCACGGGUAUAUGGAGAGAAAUAAAGGUGAGAGCAUUCACAAAUGAA